UCGACGUUCCCUAUCAAUAAUAUUAUGACUAAGAGAAACUACUUAGGUCGGAAGCCGGUGGUCCGAGCGCUUUGGCUGUCCAACUGCCAAACAUUUUCUAAUGACAAUGAAUUAUAUUGUAUCGAUAUUUUUUCUAGGUAUUUGACUGACAAUGAAAUAGCUUGGAUUGACGAAAAUACUUUCCGUGCAUUGCCAAACUUAGAGAUAUUGGACAUGGAGAACAAUAAAAUUACUGUAUUAGACAAAAGAUUUUUCAAAGGUCUUCCGAAAAUAAAAAGAUUAGCAGUAGAAGACAACCCUCUGCACUGUGAUUGCAUCUUAGCAGAAUUUGUCAUGUUUGCCAAAUCAAGAAACUUAACAUUGAAGUUUGGCAUAGAACCGAAAUGUUCAACUCCGAGUAAUCUGACAGGAGUAUUGUUACGGGAUCUGUCCUCAGAGGUCAUGGAUUGUGACGUCACUACAGCAACAACACUAAUAAAGAAAACGACAAGUAAAAACUUAGAAAACGCACUGAUUUGUCUGCGUGUCCUAACACAACAUAUCCUUUAA